GGCUAGUGGAGGCCUCUAGGCUAGGACACCCGGAGCUCGCGGGCAGUGGGAAGAAGAGGCGGACCCGGGCUCGAAGCACCGGCUUGCGGAAGCCGGGCUCAAGACCCCUAACCAAGGCCAGACCUGGGCGGGCACCUCCGCCUCAGAGCCUCCUGCAGCCGGCAAACCUGUUGCUGGCCACAGGGGAAAGUAAAACAUGACGGAAACCGAUGGCUUCUACAAAAGUAGGGAAGUGUUCGACCCAGCGGAGCAGUACAAGAUGGACCACAAGAGGAGAGGAAUUGCCCUCAUCUUCAAUCACGAGAGGUUCUUCUGGCACUUGACACUCCCAGAUAGGCGGGGCACCAGUGCAGACAGGGACAACCUGACUCGAAGGUUUUCAGAGCUAGGAUUUGAAGUGAAAUGCUUUAACGACCUCCGAGCAGAAGAACUCCUGCUCAAAAUCCACGAGGUGUCAACCUCAAGUCACGUAGAUGCCGAUUGCUUCCUGUGUGUCUUCCUGAGCCACGGAGAAGGCAACCACAUCUACGCGUACGACGCCAAGAUUGAAAUUCAGACAUUGACUGGCUUGUUCAAAGGGGACAAGUGUCAGAGCCUGGUUGGAAAACCCAAGAUAUUCAUCAUUCAGGCCUGUCGGGGCAGCCAGCACGACGUGCCCGUGGUGCCUCUGGACGUGGUGGAUCAUCGGACAGACAAGCUGGACAACGUGACCCAGGUGGACGCCGCCUCGGUGUACACGCUGCCCGCGGGGGCCGACUUCCUCAUGUGCUACUCUGUGGCAGAAGGCUAUUACUCUCACCGAGAAACUGUGAACGGCUCCUGGUACAUCCAGGAUCUGUGCGAGAUGCUGGCAAGGUACGGCAGCUCCCUAGAGUUCACGGAACUGCUCACGCUGGUGAACAGGAAGGUCUCUCAGCGCCGCGUGGACUUCUGCAGAGACCCAGGUGCAAUCGGCAAGAAGCAGGUCCCCUGCUUCGCCUCCAUGCUGACCAAAAAGCUGCAUUUCGGUCCCAAACCUAGUAAGUAGGCCAUCUGUCUCCCAUGUGUCCCAUACAUACUUCCCUUCUAUACAGAGGCCAGCUGGUUUAAGACUUUUGCCCAUCAAUGUAAACUGUGUCAAUAUUUUAGAUGCCAUAGAAAAGUAAUGUUUUGUAUUUGUUAUUUUUCAAUCAUGUUGGACAUGGUGAAAGGGCUAAAAAGAUUUCUCAGGAAAUUACUAUGCACAAAUGUCUUCUACAUUUAUUACAUGUUUAGUAAACUGCAAGAUUACUCAAAAUAUCACCUACUUUGCCUUACCUUUUGUGACACUAUUUAUACAAGUUAAUUGUUUUUUAAAGCGUUUUGAAACUCAAGACUGAGAUUCUUUUCACUUAAUAAAAUGUCUAAAACUUA